AUGAAAGUUUUUGACGUUGCUCUAGAUGAGGCCGACAUUAAAGCUGCGAUGAAUGAAGGUAACGCGCAGUUUAAGAAAUAUAUCUCUUGAUAUGAACGUUUAGAUAGAAACAAAUUUUUCCGUCGCACAUGAAGGGUUUUGCAGUUUACUACAGAAAGUUUUACUUUCGUGGAUGACCUUUUCACUUUUAUUAUUAUUUCUAAGGUUUAGACCCCUGUUCAGAAUAUCCCUGUGCCAACGAUGGCACUUGCGUUGAUAAAGGAAACAAUACCUUCGAAUGCAUAUGUCCUCCCGGUGUCACUGGUGAUCGCUGCCAAGUCCGUAAGUACCAAAGUAAGUGGGCUUGUUAAAGUUUGUUUGUUUGUUUUUUUUUUUAGUUUUUUUCGAAAGAAUAAUGUUUUAGAUAGGUGGUGACUGGAUAUCAUCAUAUUUUAAGAUAAAGUCGACAUUAAAGCUGCCAUGAAUGAAGGUAACGCGAAAUUUAAGAAAUAUGUCUUUUAUAUUUCAUGACAUGUGCCGUCUGCUAACUCUUCGAUUCUUACAUCUCUUACCCUCAAGUUAUUUAAGGCCUAUGAUCUAAGUUCGUCAACUAACUAAAUACGUUUAUUAUUGCACUAAUUCAAAUGCUAAAUGAUGUAAUGGGAAAUACACCGCAUAACCUUGUUUUAACAGUUUGUAAAAUUAACAAUGGGAAAAUGAACGGACAAAGAAGAAUGUUUAGUUUCGUGGGUGGCCUUUUAACUUUUAUCCUUAUUUCUAAGGUUUAGACCCCUGUUCAGAAUAUCCCUGUGCCAACGAUGGCACUUGCGUUGAUAAUGGAAACAAUACCUUCAAAUGCAUAUGUCCUCCCGGUGUCACUGGUGAUCGCUGCCAAGUGCAUACCUACCAAAGUAAGUACACUUGUUUUGUUUUUUUCUUAGGUUUUCUACAAAGAAUAAUGUUUUAGAUAGGUAGUGAUUUGAUAUCAUCAUAUUUUAAGGGCCGGUGUCUUUUAGAUAUUGAUGAUUGUCCAGACGAACUCUUUAGAAGAAAAUACUAGAUUUCUACUUCAAAGAUGCUGAAACCCUGUCUUAACAUAAAAAUUUAGACGCAGAUUAAAUACUUCGUCGCACAUCAGAGGUUUAAUUCGUAGUCUACUUCAGGAUUUUUUAAUUUCGUUGAUGGCCUGUUAACUUUUAUCCUUCGCUAUUAAGGUUUGGACCCUUGCUUAGAUUAUCCCUGUGGCAAUAUCAUACAUUGUAGAUCGACAAUAUACUGUAAAAUUUACGGGAUUGUACACUUCAAUUUUUGCGCUUAAUUUAGGAAAUUUGAUCUCUGUUUACAACCAAUCCUUUUUCACUACUACAAAUCCCUAAAUUUCAGUGAAAGCGCUCUCAGGAGCUCAAGAUUCACUCAAAACCGUUCCACAUAUCAGUACGGUAAUUAAUUGGUUCUUUCUGUUUGUACUAAGGUGAUCUUAUCGCUUACCAUCCUCUCAAUGGGGAAUUUAAGGCAAGAGAAAUUGAUGAGUGCCCAGACAAACUCUUUAAAAGGAAAAACUAAAGAUUCCUCUUUCGAGAAACCCGAACCCUCCUUUCAUAUGAACAAUUUGAUAGAAACAAAACUUUUCAUCUCACAUGAAGGGUUUUGCAGUUUACCACAGAAGUGUUUACUUUCAUCGGUGGCCUUUUAACUUUUAUCCUUAUUUCUAAGGUUUAGAUCCCUGUUCAGAAUAUCCCUGUGCCAACGAUGGCACAUGCCUGGAUAAUGGAGACAACACCUUCAAAUGCAUAUGUCCUCCCGGUGUCUCUGGUGAUCGCUGUCAAGUCCGUGAGUAUUUCAUUUUAUAAGCUUAUCUGUUUUGUUUUGUUUUUAGUUUUUUUCUUUUCAAAAGAUCCAGCUAAAGAGCUUUGUCUAUCAGAUAUUGAGAGGUGUCUGGGCCAUUUCUAUGGAAGAGAAGACUCAGAAUUCCAUUCCCUAGAAGCUCAAACUCUCUAUUGGGCGGCUUGACCUGGUGCUUAGGGCGCUGGACUUGUAAUCUGGUGGUCCCAGCUUCAAGUCUUCUGCCCUGCCACUUACUGGAUUACUUUUCGGUCGUCCCGAGUUCAACUCCUCGGCUGCGUUGUGUAAAUAGCCAACUGGUCUGCCUCCUGCCAAUUGGGAUUUUCAAACGUUUUAUGUUUGUAGUGUAACAUUAACUCUGAAAAGCCCCAGGGACGAACCAAUAAAGAAUGUACACCGCACAUCAAGGGUUUUGAAAUUUACUAGAGAAACGUUUACUUUCAUCGGUGGCCUUUUAACUUUUAUCCUUAUUUCUAAGGUUUAGACCCCUGUUCAGAAUAUCCCUGUGCCAACAAUGGCACAUGCGUGGAUAAUGGAAACAAUAUCUUCAAAUGCAUGUGUCCUCCCGGUGUCACUGGUGAUCGCUGUCAAGUCCGUAAGUAUUCCACCUGUUUAAUUUUUUUGUUUUGUUUUUUUUUAGUUUUUCUUGAAAGAAUAAUGUUUAGAUAG